AAAGAGAACCAAAUUAACGACGUAUGAUAAAGAUGCAUUUCUUUUGUUUCCAAUUCCAUGUACUGGCCAUGCAGAAUGAAAUGAAAUGAUGAUAUAAAACGGAAAGAAACCAACGAUUUUCAUUCCCAUCAUUUUAUUUUAUUACUGCCUUGAUUGAAGAAGUUGGAGGCCGUUGAAAAACCUCCGACUUUUUCCGCAUGUCUUCCCAUUAAUUCAUCAAUACCUAAUUUCAAAUUUCGUCUUCACUCCUAUUUCAAUUCAAUUCGAUUCAUUUGUUUUUAUUCCUUCCUCUCCGACUCCGAUCCUUUUUGUUGAAUCUUCGAAUCCAAAACCAUUCAAUUUAUCAUUCUUUUUCUUUCCCCUAACUCUGUCUGCUAAUUCCAUCAUCGUUGUCUGUUGAUUUGUUAUGCCAAGGAAUUAAUUUUGUAACAAGGAGGUGAAGGGUAGGAAAAAAUGGGUGCAACGUCCAAUAGGAUGAUGCCAAUUUGCGAUAGCCUCUGCAUCUGUUGCCCGGCUAUGCGGCCCAGAUCGCGGCACCCCGUGAAGCGGUACAAGAAGCUGUUGGCAGAUAUAUUUCCUAAAAAUAUGAUCACGUUGUUCUUUAUCAAUGAUGAAAUUGAUGUAAGGCUUGUCUUUUACUACAAAUAUUACUUCAAGAGUGCAUUGGAUGAAGAACCUAACGAAAGAAUGAUCGGUAAACUUUGUGAAUAUGCAUCAAAAAAUCCUCUACGUGUACCCAAGAUUACAAGUGUACUUGAAGAAAGGUGUUACCGGGAACUCAGAAGUGCGAAUAUUAAGUGUGUAAAAGUUGUCAUGUGUAUAUACAGGAAGUUGAUCAUAUCUUGCCAACAGCAAAUGCCAUUAUUUGCGGGAAGUUUUCUUAGUAUUAUACACAUUUUGCUGGAGCAGACAAGACAUGAUGAUAUGCGUAUUGUUGGUUGUCAAGCUCUCUUUGACUUCAUAAAUAACCAGAGGGAUAGUACCUAUACGUUUAACUUGGAAGGUUUGGUUCCGAAGCUGUGUCUGAUAGCUCAAGAGAUUGGGGAUGAUGAAAGGGCACUGCGUCUACGUUGUGCUGGGCUUCAAGCACUCUCUUCAACCAUUUGGUUCAUGGGUGAAUUCUGUCACAUCUCAACUGACUUUGGAAAUCUUGUCGCUGCUAUACUGGAAAAUUGUCAAGACCCUAAUAAGGAUAUCAGUUAUCCAACUAGCAGUAAUCAGGUCACCGAGAAAAAUUGUGAUCAAAUACAGCAUGCUGAAAACCAAAUUCCUUUAUCCUCGGAUAUCACGAACAGGGCAAUUUCGUGGAGGAAGGUUGUCUAUGAGAGAGACUAUUAUACCACAACGGAUACUGGAAGACCUGAAUUCUGGUCAAAAGUUUGCUUGCAUAACAUGGCAAAGUUGUCUCGAGAGGCUACAACUGUGCGGCGAGUUCUUGAUGCUCUGUUCUGUUACUUUGACAAGGGGAAUCUGUGGUCUUCUGAUAAGAGUCUUGCCCUUCCAGUGCUUCUGGACAUGCAAUCUAUAGUGGAAAAUUCAGGGCAUAAUACUCACUUCUUGCUAUCUUCUGUAAUCAAGCAUCUUGAUCAUAAGAAUGUACUGAGGAACCCGAAUAUGCAGAUAGAUAUUGUUCAAGUUGCAAUCUCCCUGACUCGAUUAACAAAGGCCCAGCCAUCUGUGACAAUAAUUGGUGCAUUCAGUGAUAUGAUGAGACAUCUGCGGAAGAGCAUACAUUGCUCUCUGAAUGACUCAGAACUUGGAGAGGAAAUAAUUAAAUGGAAUCGGAAGUUCCACAGUGUCAUUGAUGAGUGCCUAGUUCAAUUGUCGUACAAGGUUGGAGAUGCUGGACCUAUCCUAGAUGUAAUGGCUGUGAUGUUGGAGACAAUUUCAAAUAUAACGGUCAUGGCUAGAAAUACUAUUGCAGCUGUCUAUCGUGCGGCACAUAUUGUUGCAUUCUUGCCGAAUCUGUUGUACCAAAACAAGGCUUUCCCUGAAGCAUUAUUCCAUCAAAUACUUCUGGCCAUGGUCACUCCAGAUCACGAAACAAGGCUUGGAGCCCAUCGCAUAUUUUCCGUUGUACUUGUUCCUUCGUCUGUUUGCCCCUAUACGGCCUCCUCCUGUCAAAACCAUGCUGAUUUACAGAGGACGCUUUCUAGAUCGGCUUCCGUAUUUUCUUCCUCAGCUGCGCUAUUCGACAAAUUAAGAAAGGAACAUUUUUCACCGCGAAAAGUUGCAGAUCAAGCUGAUGAAGUCAAAAGGGACCAAGACCAAUCCUUGCUGACACGGCUAGCAUCCAGCUAUAGUCGAAAGGUUACCUUCCAACGGCAUUCCCUUCCUCCAACGUUGUGUAACGUGGAGACUGAAUUGAAGGGAAUAUCGCUUAAAUUGAAAACCCGGCAAAUUAGUCUCUUGCUUUCUUCAAUCUGGGUGCAGGCCAUCUCUAAUUUGAACUCUCCUGCAAACUAUGAAGCAAUUGCGAAUACUUACAGUUUAGUGGUGUUAUUUUCACGAAACAAGAAAUCUAGUAAUGAUAUUCUCAUUCGAAGUUUUCAGCUUGCAUUUUCCUUAAGGAGCAUCUCUCUCAGAGGAGGCCCACUUCAACCAUCUCGUCGAAGGUCUCUUUUCACAUUGGCUACAUCUAUGAUCCUUUUCUUAUCAACAGCAUACGACUUUCUUCCACUCGUUGCCUCUGCCAAGGCAGCCCUAAGGGAUGAAAUAGUAGAUCUUCAACAGGUCGAUCCUUUUCUCCGCUUGGUAGAUGAUUCCAAGCUACAGGCAGUUGAUCAUAAAGCAAGCCUAGACAAAAGGCUCAAAGUCUAUGGAUCAAAAGAAGAUGACGAAGAUGCAUUGAAGACAUUAUCCGCAAUAAAUAUCUCCGAGGAGCAAUCCACAGAAUCUUUUGUUUCCAUGGUUUUGAAGAAUUUGGGGAAACUAUCUGAUGCUGAGGCAUCAAAUAUUAAGAACGAGUUACUCAAAGACUUCCUUCCUGAUGAUGUAUGCCCACUUGGAGCUCAGCUAGUCAUGGAAACUCCUCAAAUUUACCAGUUUGGUUCAAAGGAACUUUCUGAGAGUGAGCAUUCGAUAUUUUCAACAAGUGAUGAUUGCCCAACCAAUUCAUUUAUAAGUCAAACAGAUUCUUGCUCCCAGUUGACUCUGGACAGUCCCAGUCUACUGAGUGUCGAUCAAUUUAUGGAUAUGGUAACAGAGACAACAAAAGAGGUUGCGCAAAAGUCAUCCUUAACCCCUUCGGAUAUGCCAUUCAAGGAUAUGGCGAGUCAAUGUGAGGCUCUUCAGAUAGGAAAACAGCAAGUGAUGUCCAAUUUCAUGUCUGCAUCCUUGAUUCAAAACAGCCCAGUUAGCUACUCGGGUCAAGAUAACAUCAUCCAGCCACAAGAAGUUUUUCAGAAAGGAUAUCUUACAUCACCUGGUGUGCCAACGGGGUGUGCAGCUGAAUUUCAGUAUCAUGCUGACUUUUUCCGCUUGCCGGCCUCAAGUCCUUAUGAUAACUUCCUGAAAGCUGCUGGGGGCUAAAAUUUCUAUACAAGUUCAGUUAUAGAAUCAAAAAACUUGGAGAAUUAUAUUUAGUUAUAUUUAUACAGGCUCAAAAGGUUGCUGGAAAAUUCCAGCUGGUUUGGUCCUUUGUGUGCAUUUUUUUCUUUCUUUUUUCUUCUCUUUUUGGAGGCUUUUUGGUUUUUCUUUUUCAAGUUGAUGAGCUCGUACAUAUAACUUACAUGCAACCUUUUCUAUUGGUUCUGUGUGAUAGCUUUGUAAAUUACAUGGGCUCGAGAUCCACAUACAAUGAUACAGGAGGCCGAAAAACUCGAUAAUUUAUGUAAAUCAGAAAGCAAAACAACUAUAUUAUAUAAGUGGAGUUUAAAAUUGUAUGUGAAUAUAGGACUCAGAUACAGUGUCAAUGUUGCUUUCUUUAGUGUUGGAUGUGAUACAAACAUGUAGUCCAAUUGGUUAAAACAUAGUAUCAUUAAAAGUUUUUUUGUAAUUAGAGCCUUAUUUAAGAGAUUAACAUCGUGAAAGCCCAACCCUCUAUUGUCUUUCGGCAGAGACGGGAGAUUCU